ACAAUAUUCUAUUGUUGGAAUUGCUAAGAAAAAUGAUGCGAAGCGUAAGAAAAAUGUUUUUGCGAAUGUUGAGUAGUAAGGAGAAGCGGAAAAUGAGAGAGGAUAACGCUGAACCGGAUGGUCAGCGAGAUAGAGAAUAUCCCAUAAAGAUUGACGAAAAUUUGCAUGGAACAAAGUGUCUCCCCGUAGAAAAGGAGGAUUCACAGUUCCAUGGCAAGAAGCAAAAGAAAACAGGAAAAUUUAUAGAAUUCUGUAGAAACGUAUUCUAUAAAUUCUGUUGUUGUCACUGUAAUACAGCAGAGAUUUCCGAUUCGCAGAAUUGUCAAUCGGAAGAUUCUCAAUUCGGAGUUGAUUCUUCAAAAAUGAAUAAAGACAUUAUUAAUGACUAUGAAUUUCAAGAAAUUGGAAAGGGGGCUUUUGGAACAGUUUAUUUGGCUCGCUGCGGAAACUCUGACCAAAACGUGGCUUUGAAAGUCGUCGAGAGAAAGCGCUUUUGUCUUGCACAGAGGCGCGAAUUGAAUAAAGAACGAAAAGCGUGGGCAACCGUAUCGAGCCAUCCCCACAUCGUCUCUUUAAUAUGUUUCUUCAAAACAAAUACCAGUUUCUGUUUCGUCUCCGACUUUGUGGACGGACAGGAUAUAACUCAUAGUUUAGAAAAUGACGGACCCUUCGAAGAAGCCCGAGUCAAAAUGAUCGGUGCUCAAGUGGCUUCGGCCAUAAUGUAUAUUCAUGAUCGAGGAAUCAUUCACAGAGAUAUCGGGUCGAAUAACGUCAUGAUAGACAAGUCGAAAGGAGCGCAACUGAUUGAUUUCGGUCUCUGCACAUAUGAACAGAAUCCGAAUAAAUCUUGUGGGACUUUGUUCUAUCUUUGUCCAGAAAUCCUCGAGGGAAAACCGUAUGAUGCUUACUGCGAUUGGUGGGCAUUCGGAAUUCUCUUAUACCAAAUGUUAAUAGGAAAAACGCCGAUGGAGAUGUAUUUAGAAAAAGUCCCGAAUAUUGACAAUAUGUCCUUUAUGGAGAUAAUAAAAAGUAAGCGAUGAUUA